CGUUUUUUGCAGAGCCUGGGCUGCAGAGCACCCUAAGCUGACCUAACACACGGUGAGUCCAGACGGUUCACCGUUAGUAUUUUCAGUGGUCCUUCGGCACGGGGGGUGGAGCGACUAUGACGAAUGGAGGCUACCGUGGAUUUGGUAGCGAUCAUGAUCGUGAUCAGUACCCGGAUAAUCGUCGUGACUUUGGGCGUGAUGACCACCGUGAGCAUAGCCAUGAUGUGCGAGGCGACUGUGCGAGGGAGUACGAGCGGGGUCCGACAUACGAGAGAAGCCAAGACUAUCGGGAUCAACCUAGGAGGGCAGCUCCUGUUUGCUUUGAGUGCGGAGAACCUGGACAUUAUCGUAAUCAAUGUCCCAGGUUGACGGGGGAAGGUAGCUCGAGGGCAGGCAUGACACCCGGCCGCUCGCUGUCUCCAAAUAGACAACCUUCGGCGCAUGGGAGACGCUCUACGUCGGAGGAUACAACCGUUAAACAACAGUUGGAAGAGCUCGCUGGUUCACUGGCGAGUAUGAAAGAGCACUUCGACCGAGAACAGGCGAAGAAGGACGAAAAGGCUAAGCGGAAGCAUGAGAAGAAGGAGAAGGAGGAACGUGAGAAGGAGGAGCGCUUUGCUGCGAAGCGCUGCAAGGUCGAGGAGGUACUCUCCGAGGCGGAAUCUUACGAGUCUGAGAGCAGUGACGUCGAAGCUUUGAGCGACCUGGCGGAAAAACUGACGAUCCACGAGAAGCGCAAACGCGCCCCCGGAGAAGUGGUGGGCGAUAGCCCUCCCAUGGAGACACCGGCGAAGCGCUCCGGCAAACGUGGGGAACUGGAUCCCCAAUGGCUUACCAAGCGGCUACAGCUGAGCUCCCGCCGACCACCUCUCAAAAAGACGCCUACGAGGAAGACUCCGAGGAAGACGCCGCGAUGUAGCGUGCUGGACCGAUGGGGAAGCUUAGGUUCGUUACGGAGAACCUGAAGAUACUCGGCAAUAUGACGAUGGACCAGCUAAAGGAGAUUUGCCGUUUGGAAGACGUUUAGUAUGAGUCUAACAAGA